AUGCUAUUCAACAUUAACCGUCAGAACGACGACCCCUUUACGCAAUUGAUCAAUCAAUCAUCCGAAAAUGGGCAAAGUAAGCAGGCACAACAGAAAGAAAAUCCUUAUCAGUUUUUACAAAAAGUUGUCUCUAAUGAGCCGAAGGGAAAGGAGGAAUGGAUUUCUCCAUUUAGACAAGAUGCCCUUGCAAGUAAGCAAAACAACAACAGACUGUAUGUGGAAGACGCGAAAAAUAGAAAGUUCCCCACAGUUAGUGCUACUUCUGCCUAUUCAAAGCAGCAACCUAAAGAUUUGGGCUACAAAAACAUACCAAAGAACGCUAAAAGAGCUAAAGAUAUCAGAUUUCCAACUUAUUUGACCCAAAAUGAAGAAAGACAAUAUCAGUUACUAACUGAAUUGGAACUAAAGGAAAAACAUUUGCAAUACUUGAAAAAAUGUCAGAAAAUAACUGAUUUAACAAAGGAUGAAAAGAAUGACAAUGGCACCGCUACUUCUUCUUCCAUGUCCACAUCCUCUUCUUCUUCCUCCUCUUCAUCAGAUGAUGAGGGUAUCGCUUCUACUACGACAACCGAGAACAAUGAAGCUAUUGCUAACACCAGUACAACAAUGACGACCAGUACUUCCACUACUAGUAUUAAUGAACAUGGUAGUGAUGAAGCAACGUCCAUAGAGGAAAAACAGGGGGACAAAGCGAGUGAGUCGACUUCAAUUGAAGAAUCAACUAGCAAAAACGACAACAACGUUCGAGAAGCAGCGAGCCUAAACGAUGAAGGAAAUGUGGCAGAAUCAAGUAUUUCCAAGACAACUGCUGAUUCGACCCAAAUGAAUGUACCAGAACCGGCUGCUACAUCUCAAAGAGACACAUCAGCACAAGUCGUCACAUCCUCGAAUGAUGCAUCAGAACCACAUACUAAAAGUGAAAGCGGUAUUUCAAAAUCUGAUAUCAUACCUACGGAAGAAUUAAAAGAAGAAACUGUUGUUGCAAAGAAAAUCAGUUCCGCCGUAAAGAGCACUGAAGAAGAAGAAGGAGAGGGAGAGGAGACUGAACAGUCAUCUGUAGAAGAGCCUGGUGAGGAGACUUCUACACCGGGGACUUCUGAAUCAGAAUCAGAGGAAGACAAAGUUCCGAUCGAUCCAAGCAAAGCUCCAAAGGUUCCCUUUCAGGAACGCCCUCGAAAGGGAAAAACCGGUAUUUUUGCCCUAUGGAAAAGUUCUACUUCUUCAUCUGCUCAAAAAAGUAACACUGCUGCCCCAUCAAAUCCAGUAGCUACCCCGGAGAAACCUGAAUUAAUCGUAAAAACCAAAGAACAUGGUUACCUAUCAAAGGCGGUUUAUGACAAAAUCAAUUAUGAUGAAAAAGUUCAUCAAGCAUGGUUGACUGAUCUCAGAGCAAGAGAAAAGGCUAAGUAUGACGCUAAAAAUAAGGAAUAUGAAGAGAAGCUACAAGAUUUACAAAACCAGAUUGACGAAGUUGAAGAUUCAAUGAAGGCCAUGAGAAAGGAAACUUCCGAAAAGAUCGAAGUCAGCAAAAACCGGUUGGUGAAACAAAUUAUUGACGUCAACGCCGCACAUAAUAAUAAGAAACUAAUGAUAUUCAAAGAUACUGAAAAUAUGAAAAACCAGAAAUUAGAGGAGAAAAAUGUGGUCUUGAACAAGCAGACUAAUGUUAAGUCACAAAUUGAUGAAUUAAACAGUGAGAAGACUAACGUCCAAAAAGAUUUCAAUGAUUGGACUACAAACUUAAGUAACCUAUCUCAACAAUUGGAUGCUCAAAUUUUCAAGAUUAAUCAAAUUAAUUUGAAACAAAGCAAAGUUCAAGAUGAGAUUGAUAGUCUUGAGCAGAAAAAGAACGCCUUGGUCACUCAAACUCAAGAGAAUGAAAAGCUUCAUGAAAAAAAUGUGCAAGUGUUGGAAAGUGUGGAGAAUAGGGAGUACCUGCCACAGAUCAACGAUAUCGAUAACCAAAUUUCCACUUUAUUGAAUGAAAUGACGAUAAUUAAACAAGAGAACGCCAAUGAAAAAACCCAGCUAUCGGCAAUUACUAAAAGACUUGAAGAUGAACGCCGUGCUCACGAGGAACAGUUGAAGUUAGAGGCAGAGGAAAGAAAACGCAAGGAAGAAAACUUAUUAGAAAAACAGCGUCAAGAAUUAGAGGAACAAGCUCGCCAGGCCCAAUUAGAUCACGAAGAGCAGAUCACUCAAGUUAAGAAAACUUACAAUGAUCAAUUAACGGAACUACAGGAUAAAUUAGCAGCCGAGGAGAAAGAACUAGAGACAGUUAAGAGAGAAAAAACACGGUUACAAGGUGAAAAGGCGAUCGAAGAGCAAACUCGUCAAAGGAAUGCCGAUGAAGCUCUGAAACAAGAAAUUUUGAGUAAACAACACAAACAGGCUGAAGGAUUGCAUGCGGCUGAAAGAUACAAAAUACCAAACGACCACCCGCAAAAGAACAAGAACGUUGUUCCAAAAGAUGAUUCGUUGUAUGAAUACCAUACUGAGGAAGAUGUCAUGUAUGCUUGA